CGAACCCUUAGCGGCAGUCUGUGAUGACUCAGCCACGGCGCACACAAAGAGGUUCUCCGCCGCGCCAAUCCGUCUUUCUUGCAACCAUCUUCUUUCAUCCUCGCAGAACUGUGAACCAUCUACGAAGAUGAGAGCCAAGUGGAGAAAGAAGCGCGUUCGUCGUCUCAAGCGUAAGAGGCGCAAGAUGAGAUUACUCUUUUUUCGAUAUCGGAGUCCGUCGUUCAACAAAAACUACAUCUAUUUUUUACGGGUUCUGUUAUCAGAUCCUUUGAGCUUUGCAUGGGGACUGGUCAAUUUCCUUUUGUUGUUCUAUCUAUCAGCUCUUGUUGAAGCUGGGACUCAAAACCGUGGAGAGGUGUCGUUCGAGCAGUUACUUAAAAUCCAAAUGAUUCCUCGAGUCAAAUUUUCUAUAUCGUAAAUGAAUCGUUCGUAUGUCACUAUCGUAGUUAAUUGCGUAUCUUGGGCGAUAAUUAUCGUGAAUUUCUUUGUGCGUGGUGUAUACCGCCUUUUUUUUCGCCUUGACAUAUUCCUCUCCGCCUUCGCGAAAGUCCGAAUCUCCGGUCCAAGAUUUUUU